UCAGAGUUCAUUGUUCUGCAUCCCCAAGGACCAAGGCGCCUCCCUCAAGCUUUCCCCUUCCCCUUUUUUUACCACCCCUUUGUUCACAGCCCAACCAUGUCAAAUGAAUCUCAGCCCAUGUCUCAUGAAGAGCUCGUUACAUCCAACGCCGCUAUAAAUGCCCAAGUAGAGUACUUGGCCAAGGAGGUAGCUAAGCUCACCAAGAUAAAGCUCAGCACCCUUCAAGGAAGUGAUCAUGAGGAUGAUGCUAGUACCAGUAGCACCACCAAGGCCAAAACUAAUGACGGGUCUGAUUUCAAAGUGGACAUCCCGACCUUUGAAGGAAGGAAUGACCCGGACGAGUUUCUAGAGUGGCUAGAAAUGGUGGAACGCGUCUUCGAUUUCAAAGAAGUUUCCGAUGAGAAGAAGGUCAAGAUAGUGGCCUUGAAGUUCCGCAAGUAUGCAUCCACGUGGUGGACCAAUACUUGCACCAAAAGAAGAAGAAACGGUAAAAAACUAGUGUCUACUUGGACUAAGAUGAGGUCCCUCUUGAAGAAGAAGUUCUUACCCGCUGAGUACAUUCGUGAGAAUUUUGCUAAGCUCCAAACACUUAAGCAAGGUUAUGAUGAUUGGAAGAUCAUGAUGGAAGCACACCUUUACGCUCUACAUGAUUGCAUGUGGAUGGUGCUUGAAGAUGGACCCUUGAAAAUCCAAAUGGAGAACCCUGAGAGGAAUCCAGCCAAUCCUGAUGUUGUCCAGUACAUUCCAAAGCCCAAGGAGAAAUGGGAUGAUAGAGAUUGCAAGAAGCACAAUCUGGACAACGUCGCCAAAGCAGCCAUCUUCAAGACACUUGAUCCCAUCACCUUCUCCAAGAUCAAGCAUCUCAAGACUGCCAUGGAGAUUUGGCAAGGUCUUGGGAAGCUGUGUGAGGGAUCGGAGGACCUGAGAAAGCAGAAGAUAGAAGUCCUGCUUGAGAAGUUCAAAAGCUUCAAAAUGCUUCCCGGAGAAUCAUUUGAUAUGUUGGAUGAAAGAUUCCACAAAAUCAUAAAUGAUCUUGCAUCACUUAACCACGUUCUUUCUCCCAAAGAAAAGAAUGUAAGAACCUAUGAGCAUGAGCUGAUGAAGAAGAAGGAAGAACAAGGUCUCCUUGAUGAACUCAGAACCUAUGAGCAUGAGCUGAUGAAGAAGAAGGAAGAACAAGGUCUCCUUGAUGAACUCAGAACCUAUGAGCAUGAGCUGAUGAAGAAGAAGGAAGAACUACACUGUCCAAGGAAUGACCCGGACGAGAUUCAAGAGUGGCUAGAAACGGUGGAACGCGUCUUCGAUUUCAAAGAAGUUUCCGAUGAGAAGAAGGUCAAGAUAGUGGCCUUGAAGUUCCGCAAGUAUGCAUCCAAGUGGUGGACCAAUACUUGCACCAAAAGAAGAAGAAACGGUAAGGAACCAGUGUCUACUUGGACUAAAAUGAGGUCCCUCUUGAAGAAGAAGUUCUUACCCGCUGAGUACGUUCGUGAGAAUUUUGCUAAGCUCCAAACACUUAAGCAAGGUUCAAAGUCCGUGGAAGAUUAUAACCGAGAGUUCGAGGAACUCUUGUUGAUGUGUGACUUACAAGAAGACGAUGAGCAAACCUUUGUACGCUACCUUUUUGGCUUGAACCUACAAAUAGCCAAUACGAUGGAGUUACAAAGCUACGAGACCCUCGAGGAGCUCACCAAGUUAGCCCUCAAAGUUGAGGCACAAAUCAAGAAGUCCAAGUCCCUCUUUCCCAAACCCAACCCUACCUAUGCACGGCCUAACCCAAUCUCCCAAAAAACCACCUAUUAUCCUUCCAAAACACCCCCUACUGCCCACGGCCAAACCCCCAACUCCUCAACCCCAACACCGUCCAAAAACCCCUCCUCCUCCUUCCCUACAGGGGCUGAUCCCAUCAAGAAAGCCCCUAUUUGUUUCCGUUGUCAACGGCGCGGUCACUAUGCUAACGAGUGCCCUAACAAGAAGGUUAUGGCGAUCGUUGAGUGUGAUGAAGAAGAUUGCGACCCAACUUGGGUCGAAGAAGAAGUUGAAGAAGCGGACGAACAAGAUGAGUACGUUGGUCCCGAUGAUGAUUUCUGGGAACGAAAUGCUGGUGUUUGUGUGGGGGAUGGCUGGGAAAAUAUGGAGAUGAUGAAGGAGUUCUUUUGGUAUUUUUAAUGUAAGGAAAGAAAAGAGAUUAAGGAUAGAAAUGGUGGGAAAAGAAAUGGAUAGAAAAUAAUGAUGGAUAAACCAAGUUGGUGUUUAAGAGAUAUUACACACUCUUAUCCUAACUUGGGGUUUGAAUCUAGAAUUUAAUUAAGAUAUGACACACUUAAUCAAAUAUCUAGAACCUAAAACUCACACUUAAGAUAACCACUCUUAAGAUAUAGAAUUAGGAAUUUGGCUAAAAUAGCAUCACACUAUUUUAAUAAUACUCAAAGAGUAAAAGAUUUUAAUAUUC